AUGGCCAGCCUCGCUGCCUCACUGCCUCGCGGCCCAGAGCCUGCAGGCUUUGCUCCUAUCUGGCACUGGCGCUGGCGUCCUCCCCUCUCUAGUCGUCCUCCUGCCUGGCUUGCCCCGCGUCUAUCGCUCGCUCAUCACCCAUACCCCUCUUACAUUACCUCUCGUCGACCACUGCCGCCCGCCGGUUUUUGGUCCACCCCUACUCCUUUUUCCCUUCCAUCUCAUCAUCCAAGUCGUCUUCCCUCAACCCCACCCCAUCCAUCAAUCUCGCGCAUCCUCGUCGAAAUCGACUGCACGGACGGUAGUGCAUCCACACUUCCUACCGCACCGUCCUCGAGUUACGACACACCUUCCCCUCCGAUCUCCUCUCGGCUUCGGUAUCAAUUCAGAUUCGAAAGCCCGAAAAAUCGACACCGCCGUCGUCCCUCGCUCAUCCAUCCGGACGCUCGAUACUCCAUCAACCACUCGACCCUCUCUCUCCUCUGUUGCUCUAUUCCCCCUGCUCCCUCUCCAUCACCGGCUUGUUCUUUGGAUCCUCAAUUCAAGUUUUCAACUGACAGUCGACCCCCGCGACCCGACACCGCAAGCCUCUCCAUCAUCCUGGUCGGGCUUAAGCGACGCCUGGAGAACCGAAUACCAUCUUUGGCCUGA